GUUUAUGGUAUUUUCAGCAGCCAAAAUAUUAUCUUAUCUGUUGUAGGUACCUCUUCUCCCUCCAGCUCUUCUCUUACCUCUAAACCGAAACCAACGAGAUAGCAAUGUCUCUCCAUAUGGGUCUUUCUUCUCCUUCUCAACACCACCUUCUUUUAAAACCUAGUCACAAUCCUCUUUACACACUUCCCAUAAACAAAUCUCGAAUUUCUCUAUCUCGUACUACUACUACUACUACUACUACUACUACAGCACUUCUCUCAUCUACCAAAGAAGCUGUGUUGAAGGAUUUUCGUCUCCAAAGAGCUCUUAAGAUUAUCUCUGGUUUGCAGAAUUUGGACAGGAACAAUGUGGCUUCUGUUGUCACUGCUGCAGAUAAGGGAGGAGCAACUCAUGUUGAUAUUGCUUGCGACCCUGAGUUGGUGAGACUUGCUGUCAGCUUAACAUCUCUUCCGGUGUGUGUUUCUUCUGUGGAUCCUUCGGCAUUUCUCGCCGCUGUACAAGCUGGUGCAACAAUGGUGGAAAUCGGAAACUACGACUCAUUUUAUGAGAUGGGAAGAUUUUUCUCUCCUGAAGAGAUAUUGAAGUUAACAAAAGAAACUAAACAAAUCCUCCCAGAUGUGACCCUGUCAGUUACUGUGCCUCACACCCUAAGCCUCCCUGAACAGGCCAGACUAGCAGAGCUCCUGCAAUACGAAGGUGCUGAUGUUAUCCAAACAGAAGGGGGGAAAUGCUCAACCCCUUCGAAGCCUGGGGUUCUGGGUUUAAUUGAGAAGGCAACACCCACAUUAGCAGCAGCAUACUCGAUCUCCAGAGCGGUUACAAUCCCAGUCAUGUGCUCGUCGGGUUUAAGCGCCGUUACAGCUCCUAUGGCCAUCACUGCAGGAGCUGCUGGUGUGGGUGUUGGCUCUGCAGUUAACAAGCUUAAUGAUGUAGUGGCGAUGAUUGCUGAGGUUCGAAGUCUUGCUGAUGCGCUGGCCUCAACUCAGAAGCAAGCAAAUCUGGAUCAACAGAAAACUCUAAGGUGGCUGUGAUUUAUAACACCGCCUAGAAUUCCAUCAGCGAGAAACCGAGAGAGAACAAAACGAAGCCACAAAAGUUUCAGGUUUUGGAUUAGCCAUAUGUAGAAAACUAGAAUAUGUAUGCAGUUAGAAGAGGAAAAGACCAUAUUACUCAAUUCAAGCUUUUAAAGUGCUAGGUUAUGAGAUUAAGUUUUACUA